AUGGAUCAGCUUCCUAAACUCAAAGGAAUUACUUCGAAGAAAGAGCGUCGAUUAUAUCAAAACGCAGACGUGCUGGGAGUGUGUCUCGUGGCAAAACAUGCCGCUAGUACUGGACGCCACACAGGGCUGCGUACUGGAAGCGUAGUACGUGGUUUGUACGAUUACAGCAAAAAGAAGAUAUUUUUAGUUACAAGCGAAAAGAUCGUCCGAGAGGAAGAACUGGAUGACCUGAAGAGGAGAAAGAACGUGUUGAACGCGAGCGAUUAUACCUUGUACUUCUUAUCAAGUAGUGAUCCUCAUUCGCACAGCGAGCAGCCGAAAACUUAUCAGCUGCAGGAUGUAACUAAUCUGACUAACUCGGAGGACAAAGUAAUUUUCAAUUUCGGUCUGGUAAUCAUUCCUAUUGCUUCUGAGAAACUGAGUGAAAACUCUGGCCUAAAAAAAGUUCGACCUUUUGCAGCCAAUAAAGACGUAACCGGGCUAAAAGACCUAAACGAUUCAAUCUGUCAAAUUGUAGAGGGAAGCACUAAAAGUAUUGAUGUGAAAUCGUACAAGAUCGAAUUCAUUGACAAUGAAUGUGCUCUAUCUCUCCCAGAAAAGGAAACUACCCAUCGUUAUAAGAAUUGGACAGAACUUACUGCAGAUGGGGCCAUAACCAAUCUUCACCCCUAUGGAGCUGUCAUCUUAAAGAGUGGCCGUGCUGUUGCUGUUCUCAACUUCGUGGAUGAUAAAAUUUCUCCGGUGUGUCUGUCAGAAGUGCAGUUCUCUGGUAAGUAUGAUACGAAUGAUAUAAACAAUAUGACAAUCUGCCCAAGCUGCUAGGAAGUAGGGCAGUACUUAGGGUGUAACUUAUUGUGUCAAUGAACCGGUUUGCUGUUCCAUUUUAUUCUGUCUCAUCCUUGGAGACCCAGGGGCAGUCAGUCGGGCUGGGAGAAAAGGCAUAAUGAAAGUUUUCAAGCACUGAUGGAAGAGCCCCUGGGUACCGACUCUCACUGGACCAUUUCCAAACGGUCAAGUGAAUGCUGGCUCCUGAUUGAGCAUAAAAAAUGCUUUGUAUUAUUGUGCCCAAUCAGCGAACAGUUUCUCCUGAGUUCUUUUCGUGAGCUUGUACACGACGGCUAUUAUCUUGCCACAGUUGCCCGGUUCAUUCUACCGAUGAGUCAAAAAACAUUUCGGAUGCUAUCAGCAGGAGCAAUUCAAUUUGCACUGAGAAUAAUAGAAAGUUUAAGAUGCAGCAGCCACGAGAAAGUACAAAAAGCAGCAAUAGCUUGACAGGCAAAACAAGAACUUUGCAUGUGCAUCACGCUUUUUUGUACAUUUGUUUUCCGUCACUGCACGACUACCACGUGAAAAUGCCUAAUUUAACUUUUUGUGAAGGACAAAAGCAAGCAAUGACAAAAAUUUUAUUUCUCUUUAUGACUGGAUUUGGUUGAUAGAAAUUCAGCUCCAGAAGAGUUCACUUGCAUUUGACAAAGUAAGCGAGUUGAAAUAACCAUGAUAGAGACUGAAAAAAUGUGAAUUCACUUUUCAUGCGAUGUUUUCGUGGCUGUCAGCUGUUGUGUGAUCUUAAACUCCCUAAUAUUUACGAAGACAUGAUCGAUGCAAGCAUGAAUACCUGUUGUAAGCUCAAGCUUGUAUUUUUGGAAAAGUGUCUUUAAUUUUUGGGUAGACAAUAUUCUGAAAUGGAGAGUUUGCAUUUCUCUGGUGCAUGAGCCAGACAAGCCAUGUUUGAGCUAAUAGCUGUCGUGUAUGAACUCACGAGAAGAACUCAGGAGAUGCUGUUCGCUGAUUGGGCACAAUAAUACAAAGCGUUUUUUGUGUCCAAUCAGGAGCCAGCAUUCGCUUGACCAUUUGGAAAUGCUUCAGUGAGAGUUCUCUGUGAAAGAUAUUAUAGCCUGGGAAAACAUCUGUUUCUCCACGCUCUUCACCGCUGGGGACGUUUCGCGCGGACGAACGUCUGUGACUCAGCGACAGAAAUUCCAUACUGAUGACGUAAAAUAUGUCCAGAAUCCGGUCAGAAGCCUUGAUUGGUCGACGGAGUAGUUACAUUGUUUUAGCUAUUGUUUACGAAUGACAGACGAAAGACAAAAGGCCACAAAGGUCAAAUGUAAACGCGAUGAAUCUCUAACUAAACAGUCAAUAUUUGUGGAAUAUAGUCUUCUCUAGAACAAACAUUUGAGUUUUGCUGGAGCUCGUUCACAGAUGAACACAACACUUUACCAAAAUCGACCAGGAGAAACCUAAAAUUGAAUAAAUUUACAUUUGGAACCCCAUGAAUACCGGAUUUAUUAAGUAAACAUCAAUUUGCGUCAUCAGUAUGGAAUUCCUGUCACUGAGUCGCAGACGUUCCUCCGUGUAAAACAUCCCCAGCGGCGAAGAGAGAGGAGAAAUGGAUGUUUUCACAGGCUAAAGAUAUUAAGAAGAAUAAAAAUUCAAGCCAAAAUACUCAUUUUGUCCUUCUUAUGUUUUUUGCUGUUGAUGGACUAAAGUGGUGAAAUCAGAAUCGGGAUAGUUUAUGGGGUGCAGGGAGGUUAUCUUUGUUGACGAAUUAAGUGCUAUUGAUUUUCCUAUUUUUCUCCCAUUUUUUAUUAUAAAGUUUCCUGCUUUUCCUAUUUUUUGAGCAACUAUGCCGCUGGACACCCUGGUAAGGUUGCUACUAAGUUUCUAGCAUUUUAUCUGGUUUGGGAUUCAAGUUCGACAGGUUGUGGCUUUUGGUCAAAUCAAUUUUCAUUUCCAUAUGAAAAUCCUUCCAUUAUAAUAGCACUUCACUUCAUUAAACGAAAGAAGCACUCUUGUAUGAAUUAUAAGUUCCACACGUUUAUGUCAGAAAUUGUAAAUAUUAAGUGGUCUGCACGAUACAAUGAUAAUGAAGAUAAUAUUAAUAACAGUAAUAAUUAUAAUUAAUAACUAUUAAUUUUUGUGAAACAUAGGCAUGUAAAAAUUAACGAUAUAUUAUAUAAAUAGCACCUGCAUGGUUUUUAUCAUAGUGUUUGUGCAUGGAAGAUGAUUUACUUUUGUGGCCAACCAACAUACCUACCAGAAUCACACAGGUUACAUUGAAACUGGUACACUACGCACUGUUGAUUUAAGCCACUUAUGGUUUUGUCUCACAGCCGUGGAGGUCCUGGCCAAUUUUCUUACUCACAAAUAUUGGUUGGAUUAUUUGUGGUAUAUGGAGCUUAAAACUUAGAUCUUUGAACUGAGGCUUAACAAUUUUUGCCAAAUCCUGGUCCUCGAAAGGUAUAACUACCCGAGUCAUGUCACAACUCGUCAUUUCCACUGAGGCCUGCAAUGGCUGAAGGUCAGCAACCCUCGAGCUGACAAAAUUGUUAAGGGUGGAGUUGAUAAUUAAUGUGCUGAGGGUACUUCAAAUGUGAAAACAGAGACUUCAAGCGCUCACACUCCUCUGAAAAAUAAAACCAUAUUGAGGACAAACGGUACGCAAGAUCAAGCAUAGUUUUAAUAAUAAGCUUUGUUUGUAACUGUUGUCAACAUGAUUAUGGUAGUGGAGAAGUAGACCAGUAUUAGUAGGCUUCACGUACACCUUAGUCUCAAUUUGGGGCACUCGGUUGAAAAGCUGGGUUCCGAGGAAGGGAAGCAUCCCAUCCUUUUCAGUCUCCAUAUAUUGUUAAACUGACAGCAGAAUGGGCUGGUUAAGAGUGUUUAAGAAAUCCGUAGCUGUAGUUUGAUCAGGCAUUCCAUUGAAAUGUCGGAACAAUAUAUUGUUACUUAUUAGAUGUCAGUAAGAAUUAGACCAUUAAUAAUGAUAAUGAUAAUAAUAAUAAUAAUAAUAAUAAUAACAGCAGCAGUAGCAGUAUCUUAUUUAAUUUUUUUCAGUCAUAAUUCUCGCUGAACGAGGUGAGUUUAUAAUCUUCUCGCGUGCAGUGUGCGCGGCUCACGUGAGGAUCAUAAGUGGAGUGCAAUUUUCGCUUUGGUCGUAAAUCUUUCUCUUGGUUUAAUCACUGCAGUUGCCUAGCAACAAAUCAAAAACAAAUCCUAAAGACAGCAUUCAGCAUGAUUUCAUUGUGCAUUUUGGGUUUCCAGGCAGCACGGCCACCAACUAGGGCUAAUUUUAUUCAUCCUCUGUUUACUGUAUGUUGGCAAAUCACAAAGUAUUUCUGAGGCAAAUAACAUCAGGCUCCAAACACAACAGCGUCCGUUUGGACAAGUGGCUGGAAGUCCUUGCAGUGGAAGAUUUAACACCAAAUGAAUGGUGACCUGAACUUCAGCGAGAGCAGCGAAGAAGAAGACUAGUGCAUUCAAUUUGAGUAGUCUAUAUAAAGCUUGAGAGUAUGGAUAAACAUGGAAAUAAUGCAAAAUGACUUUGAAAUACUUGUUUAAGCUAUUUUUCCUCACGUGUAUCUUUGAAUUCAUGAUACAUACAGCUGAUCCACAAGGUUCAAACAGUGUGAAUGGCAGAGAAAAAUAUUUCAAAGCUAUUAAUUUUAAAUAAUGUACUGUACAGUGGUUGCAUGGCCCAGUGGUAUCGAGGCCUCACUUUUUGCGCUGGAGGAAGUUGGGGUGCAUGUUCAAAUCCUGGUGGGGCUACUUCCAUUUUUUUUUUCAUUUUUUUUCUUUCAUUGUAUUUUUACCCUUUGGCUAAUGUUUCUGUUUAUUCUCAUUGCUUUUAGCUUUGGGAGAUUUUUGUGAUAACAUAUUUCUAGUUUUAGUAGUCUAUCUCAGAGCCUGGAAUCACUAAAGCUGUCAUUGUUUUUUAAACUAGCCAGGGUUUUUGUAUGUUCUAAUUUUGUUGACCAUAUUGUCUGAGUGAUGUCCUCAUGGCUGUCAACCCCCCACAUCUUUAAAUAUUGAGAAUUGAUAGGGAAGGGAUGAUAGAUGAUGUCAUAACGUUCAGCACAUGAUGUCAUUUACGCACAAAAAUAGUCGUUGACUCCGAUUAUUAUGAAUUUGCGAUGACACAAAACAUGCAAAAAAGAUGUUGUUGGCAUUGUAACAUUUGACCUGAUUGGUUUACUUCCCACCAAUCACAUUAUUGCUUAUAUUACAAUGGCAUACCGGAGUUUUUUAAGAAAACGUUUGAUGUUAACGGUUAAAUAGCUCAAACAACGCAAAAUAUUUGAAAUUUUAUUGUCAGAAAGUCGAGUCUACAAGAAAUGGCAAACUUCGGCGAUUAUCUUUGAGAUUUCAGACUCUAAUCUUGAGUCCGGGAGAUACGGUCCAAAAUCUGGAGUCUCCCGGAUUAUCAUCCUGGAGAGUUGACAGCCCGGUGUCCUCAGCUGCUAACAUUUGACCAACUGGGUAAUUGCAUUCAGGUUUUUCUAUAGAAGUUGGUAAACUUCUGUUUGUAGCACCAUUUUUGAAUAGUGUCUGCCUAGUGCUCCCCAUAAAAUGAAUGUCAUGUUAUUUUGAGCUGAGUUUAAAUUACUUAAAAGUACAGUGACUGUCCUUUUGGAAAUAAUUCAAUUUUGGUCUGUUUGACUGUUCUCACACAUUUGUCAUCAUAGAGAAAAGAUAAAUAUUAAUGGUUCUAUGUCAUUUUCACUGAUGGUUUUUUUUUCUGUAGAGUGUUUUCGCAGUAAGACCAGCGUUACUGAUGGAACUGAUGAGUCUGAAAGGGAAGAUGGUACCUCCUCUGAAGGUAGGUGACGGUGAGUUAGCCCAACAACAAUGCCUUAGAAAUUCUGCAGUCUUGUCAAUCAAAAAUAAUGCAAGAGCUGAGUGGCCAUGUAUUUUCAAAACUAUGUUGAUCAUUGUUCCUAUUCAUUAUCCUGAAUAACAGUAAUGAAACACCUUAGACUUUGACUGACUUUAAGUGUCAUCAAGUGUACUAAGGAAGACAUUUUGCUCCCUUGCAAAAAGAAGCUGAUACACAAUUUAGAUGUGUUUCUGUUUAAAAAAACCUUUUUAAAAAAAUCAUGUCUUCAAAUCGAAAAAUAUUUUGAGAGAGGAUCUUGUAGUUUAUAUAAUUAUUAUUAUGAAAAUAAUAAUUUUUAGGUUUUGGGCUUUUAUCUCAAACUCAGAUGACUUGAAAUUUUCUGCUAACUCAAAUUAAAUUUUGUUUCCCUUGGACAAAAUUUACCCUGAUGACUCAAAUUCUGAAUGUAGAGCUCACCAUAUCAUGCACCUAUAUAUGUCCUGGGUGAACGUAGUCCUGAAUAGGACUGUUGUUGUUGACAGUGACUGACGUUUCGACAACCUUUGCGGUAGUCAUCUUCAGAGUCAAAGUGAAUUGUAUCACGUUAGUUGAUGGUAUUGUACUCUGGUUAUUGAUUUGAUUGGUCAAUUACGUCGUGAUGUUAUUGGUCGUCUGUCAGUUAAGCCGUGAUGUUAUUGGCUAUGAAGACUCGUAAUCAGUAAUUGGUGCGUUUCGAUCCGUCUAUUGUCACAGUUAAACAGUCAAUUUGACUAACAAUAGACGACUGUUUAACUGUGGCAGUCAUACUGCCCGCAGACAAGGGACGGGUGACUGUUGUUAUGAACAAGACAGACUACAACGACAAAAUGGACUCGCUUGUUAACGACAAACCGAGCUACGAAGUCCUUAAACGAGACCCGCUACCCGCACUGCAACGUUAACUUAACAACAAACUGCUUACACUGAAGAAAACCGACAAGAUCGACUUUCGACGCUACAAAAGACUGAGGUGUAGUGUUCCGCAGCCACCCAAGCUGUAUGGACUACCAAAACUACACAAACCCAACAUACCUAUGCGGCCCAUAGUUUCGUUCUGUGGGUCCCCAACCUACCAACUGUCUAAAUACUUAACUAACGUACUGAAACCGCUGACUGACGAAUCUAGACACAAACUACAGUCUACUGAGAACUUUAUUGACGCCAUUAAGACAAUACAGAUGCCGGACGACCACAAACUAGUGUCCUUUGACGUGAAAUCGCUGUUCACCAGUAUUCCACUUCAACUGGCUCUAGACUGUACUGAGAACGCUAUUAAGAACUCUACUGUUGAACCACCACUACCUACAGACGACAUUAUGGACCUACUCAACCUCUGUUUGACUUNUGUUGUAACCGAAAUUGUCAAGCAAAACAUCGAGGAACAAGCCCUAGCUACCUACACGCGAACCGGACCUCUUUGGUUACGUUACGUUGACCACAAAUUCACCGCCGUAAACAAAGACAGAAUCGACCAUUUUCACGAACGGCUUAACAGACAGAACGCGGACAUACAGUUCACCAAGGAGAUCGAAGAAAAUGGUAAGAUACCUUUUCUAGACUGCUUGGUCACUCGCGACAACAACAAACUCAAAACGACUAUUUACAGAAAACCGACACAUACCGACCGAUUACUAGACCAGUUUUCGUGCAACCCGACCUCUCACAAGGCUACUACUAUCCGGACUCUGACGAGACGAGCGCAACUAGUUUGUGACUCACCUGACAGCCUACAAGACGAGACUGAUCAUCUUAACAACGUUCUUAGUGAGAACAAUUACAACAUGGACUUUGUUAGACGGAACACUCACAGUCUCACAGUAACACUGAUUCCAACACUCAGACCAACUCUGACCCUGUUACGACAGCGAGUAUACCGUACAUCAGAGGCACCUCUGAAACUAUUGCACGUAUAUUACAACCUUACAAUAUACGUGUUGCACACAAACGAUAACCACUUUACGGCGACUUCUUACUAAUGUCAAGGACAAAGACAAACCGGAGGACAGACAGGGAGCAGUAUACAAGAUCAAAUGCUGCGACUGCCAGGCUUCUUACAUAGGUAAUAUGACAAGCUACCCAAAUGAUAUGACAAGUUGCUAGGAAGAAGGGUAGUACUUAGGUGUAACUUAUUGUGUCAAUGAGAUGCAGACUUAAAGGACUUACAUAUUAAGGCGCCUUUUAUAUGGAGAAAAGUUGUCAUGGGUGGAAGGGUCACCUGCCUACAUUCAUUCAUUCAUUCAUUCAUUCAUUCAUUCAUUCAUUCAGGCGGCCUCACCCACCUACCCUGUCGUGUUAUUGGUUAAAAUAGGAACCUUUAGAUUCGAGGACAAGAACAACUAUGAGUACGAGAUUUAACUUUCGCAUAUUCUCAAAUAAGGUCCCCAGAAAGCUUCUUUGUACUUCUUUGUCACCAAAAAAAUUAGCACUAUUAUCUUUACUGGAGGAGGUUAAGCCAUCAUCCAAUUGCAAAAUGAUAAAACCUUCAACACUUUAUGACUUGUUUCCGCUACCAUGACAUUCUCUCUAAAACUCCUAGCAGAAUGAUAAUAAUAAAGGUAAUAAUGAAUAAAAUUAUGAAACUUAUACAGUACAGGCCAUGGGUAUUGCAGCACUUACACGUGUGUAAAUUGCGUGCAACAUGGCGGAUUAACAUGCAAAAUACACACAAAAAACGCAUAUGUUUUAUUUAAUGCGAACAAUUAGAUGCAGCUUAGAUUACACGCGAGAUGCAUGUAUUUAUCGUAUAGAAGUUUCCUCUCUUACUCCUACAUGCAAGCUGUAUGUAUUUUUUAAUGGCAGAUAACUAAAAGAAAUCGUAAGAUGCUGAUGGAUCACAGUCUCUUCACAUUUAAAUUUCAGUAGGAACUAAUGCGUUUCGAUUGAAAACGGAAAUAAUUUUGAAUCAUGUUUUUCACUUUCAACAUGGCUUUAUUAUAGCAAUCUAUGAAAGAAUCUUUUUGUAAGUUAGAACUGAAAAGUUGCAGUCUUCUUCAUACAAUGUAGUCAGCAGUGUAUUGUGUGUUUUCAUUUAGUUUGUCAUUGUGUGACCAUUUGUUCAGCCAAAUCGAAUCAAAGGAAAAUUUUUACCGGAUAUUAAUUCCAAAACAUUUAAGUUUAACCAAACUGUAGAUACAUGUUUUUAAAGGUUGACUUUUGAUUAACAAUGUCGCUAAUUCCUUGGCGGGACGGGGUAAAGUUGAAUGUGGUAUGCUUUUAAAAAUAUAAAAUUUCACAUAAGCGUACGCACGUAGUUCCCGCCAUCGCGAGUGCCUGUGUUUAUUGUACCUAAAUUUAUUUGUCAAACCUUGCCGUCAAGAAACAUGAGUACUUGUUGCAUUGUGUUAAUUUUGGGGUCAUUUAUGUAACGUUUUAAUGAGGAGAAGCUUGUAAAGCAACAGUUUAACCAAAGAAAAGUGUUCCAUGUGAAACAAGCAAUUUUCACCAUUAAAAAGGAUCACAUUACAUGAGGAGAUAAGGAAAAUCUGAUGUUGGGGAAAAAAUCUAACCAGCAAUGCAAAAAUAACCAUAAAAAAUAACUACAAGCCUAAGUGAACAAAGAGGCAAGGAAAACAAAGCUAUUUAUUUCAAAACCUGGCCGAGUUUAUAACAAAAUGAAAAUAAAAUACCAACGUGCUGUACAUCACAUGUCCCUGAAAACAUUUCAAACAGCGCAGCAAAUUAUUCCAAGUUUCAAUUGAGUAAUGAAGAGCCUCAGGAAAUUUUAAAGGCGGUUUAAAUAUUAUUAAACUACACAAAUAUUUAUCAACAGUAAUUUUGUAGCUGGACUGGUAAGAGAAACGAUCAUUCUGAGUUUCCCCCUAAAUACGACUUGAGGCUUAGGGCCAGAGGUAGCUCAGAGGUCGUCGUUCACCGCUUGACCAAAGAUGAAAGUUGUCAAAUACGUGCAGUCUACGUGUAAAAUUUUACUCUCAGUUUCCAAAAGUUUGCGUGUAUUUUGCUUGUAUUUUUUACACGCUUGUUUUGCGCGGCGUGUAUUUCUUGUGUAAUUUGCGUGUAACUUGGCGGAUUUACACUCAAGAAACACGCGUGUAAUGCUGCAAUGCUUGUGGUGGCCUGUACUGUAUUGCACAUACACAAUAGAAAUAUUUUCAUAUGUUCAUUACAAACGAUAAUUUAAGAAUAAGUCAAUUAAAAGCUAUCUUAAGAAAGUACAUUUUGAGAGCUCUCUUAAAAGAUGUAAGGCUCUGAAUGUUUCUGAUCUCUGCCGGAAGACUGUUCCACAGUUUGGGAGCUGCCAAUUGAAAGGCUCGGUCAGUAAACGUAGGUAGGCAUCGUGUGUUGGCUUGUACCAACAAAGUUGCUAGUCCAUAGAGGCACUUGUCCAUAGAGGCAUUCAAUUCUGUAUUUGAUUGGCAACCACGGCGAACAUGUAUGCGUCAAGCAUGUGCAGCUGGAUAAGUUAUCAUUUUCAAAUCGAUUCAUCGCAUACGUGUGGACGGGCCAAAAUGAUGCAGAAACGCUAUGUGUGGACGUGAAUUUUUUUCGAAAGGGAGAAAAAAAGUUGCAUUUUCAAAUGAAAACGGAUACGUGUGGACAGGGCCUAAAUUUGGUUGUUCAAAACCCAAGAGUUCUUAACGAAAAAGUUUAGCUCAAAACUCAAAACUCAAAAACAAUUGGGCAAUUAAUGUUUUUAAUCACAUUGUUACCCUUGUAAAUUGUUUUUGAUGAAGUGACUACUGUGGAAUGGCGAAGUUAAAAGGAAUUUUUAACUUUAUUUUGUCAAGUAUGAGAUUGUUUUUAUGACUUUUAAGAUGAAUUUUAAUGUUACUGUAAUUUGAAGACAGUUUUCAACCAUUUCUUUAUUUAUGCUUAUUUAUGCUAUUGAAAAUGUGCUUGUCCAAUGGACAAGUCAUGUCAAAGGUUUACAUGUCCGAACUAAAUUUCUACCGGUCCCAGAAGAUCGGACAUAGGUUUUGGUGCCACUGAUGUUAUCCACCAAGGCUGAAGGUUGAGAUGGAUAACUUCCUAUCCUCUGAGAUCUGCUUAAUUCCUCACAUCCUCCUACUAAAGCCAAAUUCAAUAUUAAUUUGUUUUAUUAUUCAUUCAAAAUCGUUCUAAGUUUUGCACAACAUUUCUUGCUCAUAGACUUUCCUCAAACCCUUGGCCUAUUUCUCCGCAUGGUUUCAAAAGUAGAUGUUUUUCCUUGUAGAUACUCCUCUAAAAUCCAUCAAGCGAUAAUUAUGUUUAGCGUAUUCUUGUAUUUUGUCUGUUCUGAUUUAUAAGUGUGAAAGGUUUUAACCCAGGAGUCAUUUUAAAAGUAGGUUGAGUUUGAUCGUCCCGGUGAACAUAGUCCCAUCUAUAGAGCGUUUUCACUCACGUGGCCAGCAUCUAUGCAAGUUAUUGGAACAAAGGAAAGCGUUUGCAUAAGAAAAGAGUUCAACUCCCACAGGACUGGUUUGGGACACCAUCAUGGCCGCUGUUUCAUUGUUUUGGGACACCAAUAUGGCCACCGUGACGUCAUGUGAAAACACUCUAUUCUUGAUAAGCUUUCCUUGCCAUCUCUCCUCAGAUACCGUUGAUUGUAUCUCCUGCUGGUGGGCUUUGUAGAUUGCCUGCUCUACCUUCUUAGCUUCCACUUCUUUACCAUUGGUGACAGCAACUGGGUUAGGGAAGUUUAACCACAGCUGUAGAUCCAGCUCCUCUGUGUACUUCUUCGCAUCUCUAAUAUUAUUAUUAUUAUAUAUAAGAUAUACUAGUGUUUCUCUCUCAACAUCCUAGUCCAAACCAUGGACUUUGGGAAGCAGAGAAGGUUUCUACUUGAUGAAGAGGACCCGCCUGAGAAGGUGGGAUGUAGAAAAGAGGGUUAUUUUCUGGAGUUCAUGUAUGUUGAUGUUGCCAGGAAUUUUGUUGGAGUAGUUUUCCAUGUCCUUCUUGAUGGUGCCAAGGGCUCCCAUAACCACCGGGACUGUUGUUGUUUUAAGCCCCUACAUUCACUCAACGUCGAUUUUCAAGUCUUUGUAUUUGUUAAGCUUUUCCAUGGUUUUGACUGAGGUGUUGGUGCCGAGGGGUAUAGUCAUAUCAGUGAGAAGGUAGGUUUUAUCCUUCUUGUUCGUUAGCACAAUAUGCGGCCUAUUAGCUGCUAUGUUCCUAUCAGUGUGGAUGGGCAUGUCCCACAGAAUAGUGACACGGUCAUUUUCGGUGAGAGUCUUGAGUUCAUGCUCAUAUCAUCGUUCCUUCACCUCAAUGCCAAACUCUUUGCAGAUCUUCCAGUGCAUGUGUGCAGCUGCCUUGUUGUGGUGGUGGAUGUAUUCAGUUUUAGCCAGUUCAGGGCAGCUAGAGACCAGGUGGUCAAUGGUCUCGUCAAAACGGCCACACAGUCUACAUUUUGGGUCCACGUCAGGCUUCUUGAGGAUGUUGUGUCGGUACCAGCGUGUUGGGAGGCUUUGACCUUGGGCUGCCAUGAUAAAGCCCUCAGUUUCUGCCUUGAGGCCAGCUGCUUUUAGCCAUCUGUGGGUCUUUGUCUUGGUUCACGUCAACCUGUUUCACCUGUUGUGGGUAUUUUCCGUGGAGCGCUUUUGAUUCCAACUUGGACCUGAGCUGUUGGUGACCCUGGUGUUUGGCCUUGGCCUUUGUGCUGCAAGCAUAGGUGGUGUUCGCCUCAUCUUCUGCAGGUGGUAUUUCAGGCACUCCCAGUUCACGACUGAACUUCAUUGACUGUCUGCUGACGGAGUACAAGGAUUUCCUGUCGUCAUGGUCUUUGACAAAGUGGAGGAGGGUGUCCUGCGUCUCCUGGAGGUAUUUGUCAAGACAGAUAGUGGUUGGCUUGAAGGAAAGCUCCAGUUGUAUGAGCCCUCUACCUCCUUCAGUUCUGGGCAGGUACAGCCUGUCCACGUCAGAUUUGAUUGUUUUGAUUUUAUUAUUAUCAUUAUUAUUAUUAUCAUUAUCAUUAUUAUUAUUAAUUAGAAUUUUUGGAAUUGGAAUAAUUAUGUUGUAGGAUUUUAGGAUUGUGUUGAGUCCAUGUAAUGUGCAGAUGAAAGUUUCUUUUCCUGGAUUGAAAUUUGUGCAAUGCAAACCAAUAAAUAUUAUUGUAUUAUUAUUAUUUUUAUUAUUAUUGUUGUUUUAUUUGCCACACAAUAAUACAAAAAGAUUUACAAAUAAUAUAGGAUAAAUAGAAAAAAAAGUGGCAAGGAGACCUAACAGAAACUAUAGGAGCUUAUGAGAGGUUAGGCCUCCUCGAACUACGGGCUAGAGCUGUUUAAUAUCAAUUGAAAAAAAGAUGGCAUAAGGACAAAGAUGAAAAGAUCUAAGAUUGGUUUUCAUAUUUACAUAAUAAUUUAAUCUUCAGUAUUUUCCUAAAGGAGGAAAGGGAUUGAGAGUUGAUGACCUCAUUUUCAACUAAAUUAAAAAAUUUGGGUCCUUGAAAAAGGCAAGAACUUCUUAUUGUUUGUUGGAUAAUACGCGCAGCAGACAGUAGGCCUGGGAAUUUCUUGUAGUAUAAGAGUGGAAUUGAUUGCUUAGGGAGAAAUUGUUAUUGAACCUUGAAGAUAAGAAUGAAUUUUUGCAAGAAUACAUAAAUUGGCCCAGUGGAACAAAUUGAUAUCAUUAGAUUUUAGUAUACCGAGUUCCUUGAGCAUUGAAAUGUGAUUUAUUAUUAAUUCUAAUAAUGCGCAUUUGCAGUUAAAAUAGUUAUAACCUGAGCCACGCAUACUUCUAGCAAUAACACAGUGCAAAGAAAGUAGUGUCCGAUACCGGGGGCUAGUGAAUUUUGCUAUUGCAGGCUAGUAAACGAGUUAGUAGAAAAACUCUGAAUAUCUUAGACAACUGGAAUGGUUAUCCAGAAAAUGUUGAAAGGUAAAGAGUUAGAAACCUCUAUCAUUUUUAAGGCUUAUUCCUUUUAUUUAUGACAAUGUUUAUAUAUACAUGCGUCCAAGCAACCCAUGUUAAAAUGCAGCAUUUCAAGUCAUUUAUCUCAUGAAGUGUUGUCUGUUCUAUGUACACAGGGACAAUUGUCAAAGUAUAAGGUUACAAUAAAUAGUAAUCCGUGUAAUACCUUUCUUUGUAGGAGAUUCCAUCACAGCAAACAUUGGGGAUCCGCUUAGAGAUGGUAAUUAUUUGUAAAAAAAAGUUGGGAACUUCAGAAUGUAGGAUCACUUUUAAUCUCCUACCAAAAAAGCCGUUAGAUUAUAUGCAUUAUAAGACAUUCUUUUCCAGAUUAAACGAGCCACCAAAAUUCACAACUUCAGAAGUAACCCUAUUUGCGAUUCUGAAUAUCUUAAACAACUGGAAUGGUUAUCCAGAAAAUGUUAUCCUAAGCCUCUCACGAGCUUUAGAAAUUUGUGGGCAAUAUUUCCUCCUUCGAACAGAUUUUUUACUGAAAAAAGUCAUUGGGUGCCCCUUUUUGUUCUUGUUCUUUCAUCCACCUAAUGUUCAUCUUAUUUCAGCAGCAACCCAAGAUCAACCUGUCCUCCAUAAUCCAGAAAACAGCAAUGCAAUACAACCCGAUGGUAAGUGCCGUGGAGUUUAAAGGUGAAAAGUUAAAAAUUGUUGAAAGGUGAAGGGUUAGAAACCUCUAUCGUUUUUAAGGCUUAUUCCUUUAGUUUAUGCCAAUGUUUGUAUAUGCAUGCGUCCAAGCAACCCAUGUUUAAAUGUAGUAUGUCAAGUCAUUUAUCUCAUGAAGUGUUGUCUGUUCUAUGUACACAGGGACAAUUGUCAAAGUAUAAGGUUACAAUAAAUAAUAAUCCGUGUAAUACCUUUCUUUAUAGCAGAUUCCAUCACAGCAAACAUUGGGGAUCCGCCUAGAGAUGGUAAUUAUUUGUAAAAAUAAUCUGGAACUUCAGAAUGCAGCGUCACUUUUAAUCUCCUACCAAAAAAGCCGUUAGAUUAUAUGCAUUAUAAGACAUUCUUUUCCAGAUUAAACAAGCCACCAAAAUUCACAACUUCGGAAGUAACCCUAUUUGCGAUUCUGAAUAUCUUAGACAACUGGAAUGGUUAUCCAGAAAAUGUUAGGCUAAGCCUCUCACGAGCUUUAGAAAUUUCUGGGCAAUAUUCCCUCCUUCGAACAGAUAUUUUACAGAAAAAAGUCAUUGGGUGCCCCUCUUUGUUCUUGUUUUUUCAUUCACCUAAUGUUCAUCUUAUUUCAGCAGCAACCCAAGAUCAACCUGUCCGCCAUAAUCCAGAAAACAGCAAUGUAUCACAAGAACCCGAUGGUAAGUGCCGUGGAGUUUAGAGGUGAAAGGUUAAAAAUUGUUGAAAGGUGAAGGGUUAGAAACCUCUAUCGUUUUUAAGGCUUAUUCCCUUCAGGGUGCAAAGAAAGUGAUUUUUAAAGCUUGCCAUUCGGGCAAGCUGAAGCUAGCAUAUACUAGCCCAAACGUCAUUUCAACUAGCCCCAAAAACGUUUUGAUGAGCAGAAUUGAUUUUACAGUUCUUCUUUCAUUUGAAUUCCUCAAAAAACUUCACUCGCCCGUCGGGCAAGUUAGUUUGAAAAUUCAUUAGCCCGAUAGCAAAAUCCACUAGCCCCGGGCUAUUGGACACUACUUUCUUUGCACGCUGCCCUUAAUUUAUGCCAAUGUUUAUGUAUACAUGCGUCCAAGCAACCCACGUUUAAAUGCAGUAUGUCAUUUAUCUCAUGAAGUGUUGUCUGUUCUAUGUACACAGGGACAAUUGUCAAAGUAUAAUGUUACAAUAAAUAAUAAUCCUGGUAAUUCCUUUCUUUAUAGGAGAUUCCAUCACAGCAAACAUUGGGGAUCCGCCUAGAGAUGGUAAUUAUUUGUUAAAAAAAGUCGGGAACUUCAGAAUGCAGCGUCACUUUCAAUCUCCUACCAAAAAAGCCAUUAGAUUAUAUGCAUUAUAAGACAUUCUUUUCCAGAUAAACAAGCCACCAAAAUUCACAACUUCAGAAGUAACCCUAUUUGCGAUUCAGCUCCAUCAUCAAAGUGUAUUCAUUAUCCGUUUUACUGACUGGUUAGAUGCGUUGUUGAUAAUUCAUGCUCAGUUCUCUUUCCUUUAACUAUUAUUUCGGUUACGGUUUUUUUUCACAUUUCAGUUAGGUUAAAUAUUAUAGAGCUUUUUAUAGAAAAACAAGAUCGGAAAGCUUUUAAGAAAUUUUCUUAACUUAGCACCCACCUUCUGCGUGAGCAGAUCCCUAGUAAGACUAAGGCCAUCAAUACAGAAUGUUUUAAGAAUACUUUUAUCAAUACACUUAUCUAUAGAUAUAAACUCAAUAUGUAAUAAGUUACGUUGACGUUUAUUAUUAUUUUACUUCUCUUCUUGGUGUGAAAAAUUUGUAACGAUAAGAUAUGUAGUUUUUACAGGGUGUCAAGCGAGUCCUGUAUUCUUAGAAAAUCCUAUUUUUUUUUUUGAGACCUUUCCUGUUAAGUCCUAUAAGUUGAGCAAAUUCCUAUAUUUUCCUAUUUUUAAGCUUUUUUUUUUUUUAUGAAAAAGGCUUAAGAGGCAGUCUCCGUAAAAACCGCCCACUCAAUUUCACGUGGUAAAUAAUUUUGCCUGAAACUCUGGCAAGUGAAAGGCAUUAUCGAGACUAUAACUAAAAUAGGUUUGCUUUGAUUUACAAUAAUUUUCUUGCCGCGCUGGGGGCGCUAAGUAUUUUGUCCCGCCACAGCCAAUUUACACGUCUGGAAAAUUGAAAAUUUGGCAUUUUUGGCGGCGCUGUAAAAUGUUUGGUUUGCACCAUCUGCCAAUGAAUUAUAUACCUAUUUAUAGGUAGACACCUCUAGGUUUACAUGAAAGCAAUAGUUAUUCGCUAAGUUUAGCUGAAAAAUCAAGCAAAAUAUGACCCCAAAUAAUUGCCUUGGAGCAAAAGGCCAAAAAUGACCCCGGUUUAAAAGGUUAUUUCCGACGUUUGGAACCUAGCUGAAAGCUGUAGACCAAAUAGACAAAAAGAUAGACCAUCUGUUAUUAAGAAUAUACAAAAACCCCUGUACGAUUUCAGUAUUUUAAAAGUUAUGACCGUUUGUAUCAACGCAUAUGCGAGCUUCUGCGAUAUUUUCAGCUCUCGCGUUACGGAUCUAUCUCAAGCAGAUUAGGUCAAAAGUACGGCUUACCUAAUUCAUUACUAGUAGUGACUCACAAAUUGAGCCAUAGUCCAAUCCCUGAGAUCCCAGAUUACAUAAAAUUGCAGUAAAUGUGCCAGUUUAGAAGCUGCUGGUAUGCGGCCAUAUUUGAAUCGGCCAUGCUGACAAUCCGAAGCUCCAAACAGGUGAAACUGUGUCACGUUUCGAGCUAAAUAGCUCGGUAAAACAACUUUCCAGAGGUGAGAGUUUGGUCGAGAAUCAGAACAUCAAUUAAGCAGGUUUCAUUUUGGGUCAGAAAAUUGAGAUUUAAGUACUACGACUUCGAAUAAACCUUCCAUUCAACCAGCUCUACGAGUUCGAAUGCAGGUUGACACGCUAAACCGGAAAUGCAGAAAGCCGGAAAUACGGAAAACCGGAAAUGCGAAAAUCCUGAUAAUCCGGAAAUCGACAAAUCUGAAGUCAGUCAGAAACCGAAGAAACCAAGAUAGCUGCAUUUGUUUAGGUCUUCCUUCUCGACGCUGAGAGGCGUAAAAAAUAAAACCUUCCAAAUGAGGAAACCGUAGCUCUUUGAUUUUCAGUAAAUUGAAACGCCGCGUUGUCACGAUCGAUUGCGUUUGGAAAAUAUGCUCCAUAAGAAACAGCAAAUGUCAUUUACCAGUCACAAACGUGCGAUGUGCGUUAGCAUAUCACACUUGUGACUCAUCCUUCACAUAAGUUGGCUAUAUAUCGAACUGGGUGUGGCGUGAUCCCUGAGGCUCGGUUGUCAGCAUGAAGGCCCUUGAAAAUCGCUUAUUAAAAGCGGAUAAAUAGUCCCGGCCUGUGAGUAAGUUUAUAUUAAAUCGAUCAUUACUUAGAGAGGGGAGGGGAGGGCUUGAGCAAAUGGAGGAAAGCCUUCUUUAAAUUUUACUGACCCUCCUCCUUGUAAAGCAGAUUUUUGUUAUUCUCUUCUCAUCUUAUCUCGUCCCUUUGACAAUCAGAACUAGGUUGACCUCCUCCCAAUCUUUACCAGUGCUAAAGAGGAAAAAAUCUUUAGUUAAAUCAGUAGGCAGUUGACAGCUUCCAUUACUAGGCAUCCAGUAAUAAAUAAAGCAGCAAAGUUCGCCUUUGGACGUGGUAUAUAUGCAACCUGGUAUUUUUUUUGUAGGAAAGGGUCCUGAAAGGACCAUAGUAAACGGUCGAACAAAGAAAAAUUUUAUGUCAAUUUAAAAUUCAUUCCGAGUGCAUAAAACAGCUGUUCGUUCCAGAGGGGACAUUUUUUUCACGGUAUCAUCACGGAUAACACGGGAAUAGCGGAUAACACAAAGCACGAGAAAGUCAUUUGGAAUAAAGAGAAUGGCUUUUGCAAGAAACUCCCAUUCAAUCUAGAGCUGCUUUGAGAGAGGAGUCAAUUAUAUAUGUGUGUUUAGACCUUAAGACCAAUAUUUAAACCUAAUGGUGCACUAGGGGGAAAGGACAUACAUACUUUAUUGUUACCUCCCCAAAGGGGCUUUUCAGGAACAAUGAUUACCGUAUUUAAAAAUAUCACAUGUAUUUAUUUAUAGACUGUUCACCUUUCCCUAUUUUCCCUUAAGACCCUCGAGAUCGAAGUCUUUGCGUUACGGGCGGCCAUCUUAGAUGAGUGUCGAAUCUACUUAGGGGGCGGGGGACGGUUUUGUAGGAGGCGAAAAAAAAUUUUUUUUUCUUGCCCUCCUCCCCCUAGAGCUAUAAUCCCCGACGCCCGCCCCCUCGGUACAUUUGAAAAUCAAGAUAGCCGCCAUUAAUGGUAGGACGCGGUCGAUCUCGACGAUCUCACGGAAAAAUAGGGGACUGUGAACAGUCUAUUAGGGCGACGCUUUUUUUGGAUCAAAACGCGAUGACACAUGGCCAAGAAAGGGGCUAAGACACUUUGUUUUAGAAUAAGCCUUUUGCAUUAGUUAAACAGUUCGCUUUUGGAAAAUUUUGUUAGUACCGGCUAAAAGAGCAUAUUAAAAUUAGGUAACCUGUAAAUUUUUAGCCAUAUAUAUCAAAAGUAGCGAUUGCAACGGCUGCCGAAAUUUAGAAGGAUUUGUGUGAGAAAAAGAACUCUUGCCACCCAGUCACGCUUGAGUGGUUUUCCAUACAAAUCCUUGUAAAUUCUGAAGUUUUUAAAUUGUCGUUCAAUAUUUCCCUUAUGCAAUUAAGGGCUCAAAUUGCCUGUUAUGAAUUAAAGGGAGAUCAAGUUUCCGCCCCGUAAUGCUCAAGGAAAUAUUUCACGACAGUUUGAAAAUUUCGAAACCAUUCAAGCGUGAGACUGAGUGGCAAAAGUUGUUUUUCUCAUACAAAUCCUUCUAGUUUUCGGCGGCCGUUGCAAUCGCUACUUUUGAGAUAUAUGGCUGAAAAUUUACAGGUUACCUAAUCUUAAUAUGCUCUUUCAGCUGGGGCAAACGAAACUUUUUUUUAAAAAAGUAAGGGGGAGCCUGGCUCCCCCAGCACCUCCCCCUGCGCGGGCCCUGACCGUGUUCUCAGCUUCGUCCGUGUGUCUUCUUUUGUUCAUAGAAAAAAGUAGAAGAAAAAUUACGAAACGAGAAUUGCGUAAAGUAUGAAAUAAUCUACCUUUACUUUAAACGGGAACCUUAAAUAUUCAGAAUCCAUUAUAAAAAUCGCCAAAAUAUAAGGAUGUUUAGAAAAUCCUUUUGCAAACGAUACUAUUAUAACAGGGACGGUUCGUUCCUGCGUCUUCUUUUGUUCAUAGAAAAAAGUACAAGAAAAAUUACAAAAGUACAAACGAGAAUUUAAUAAAGUAUGAAAUAAUCUUGUACCUUUAGUUUAAAUGGGAGCCUUGAAUAUUCGGAAACCACCUUAAAAAUUGGGAAAAUGUGAGGAUGUUUAGAAAGUCCUUUUGCAAACGAUACUAUUAUUGCAGUGACGCUCCGUUCGUGCGUCUUCUUUUGUUCAUAGAAAAAAGUUGAAGAAAAAUUACAAAGAUAGAAACGAGAAUUACAUAAAGUAUGAAAUACUCUACCUUUGCUUUAAAUGGGAACCUUAAAUAUUCUGAAUCCGCCUUAAAAAUCGCCAGAAUGUGAGGAUGUUUUGAAAAUCCUUUUGCAAACGAUACUAGAUUAGAUCCCAGACCUCUCCCGUCUCUGCACAUACGCCGACGUUGUUCAGCUCUGUCUGUCCGCCAUCUUGUUUUGUUACUUUGGUAGUACCCAGACUCUUGCAUCACAGCUAGAUCGCACGACCCAGCUCGUUUCAACGCCCUAUCUCCUUACGCCCUGGUUUAAAUGAAAUAUGUUAAAUCAUUUAUCUCAUGAAGUGUUCUCUGUUUUAGGUACACCGGGACAAUUGCCAAAGUAUGACAUUACAAUAA